CAGAAACUUGAUAACCUGUUUGAUAUCUUUUGUAAAUAAAAUAUACACCCAAAAAUAAACAGUAAUCUUAAGAUUAUUUUGUAACAAUUUAAAUUAUCAUAAUAAAAAAGGAACAAAAUGCUUUCCACAUUGAUAAAGAGGCCAUCAAUAAUAAGGCCACUUACCGGCUUAUGCAGAAGCAUACACGAUCAAUUACUUAUUACUAAUGAAGAGAACGGAAGUAGAGAAAUAAUACUUAAUCAUGAAAAGACUAAAAAUUCUUUGUCUCUUGAUAUGAUGAAUCACCUCAUUGAAGAAAUUAACAAAAAUAAAGAAGAUAUUUCUUUGAGAGCUAUUGUAUUGUCAGCUAAAGGCAAUGUUUUCUCUGCUGGUCAUAAUUUGAAAGAAUUACAAGCAUCAACUGGUGUAGAUCAUCACAAGUUAAUAUUUAAAAAGGCUACAGAACUGAUGAAGUCUAUUAUCACAAGUCCUGUACCUGUUAUUGCUAAGGUGAAUGGGUUUGCUACAGCGGCUGGAUGUCAACUGGUAGCCACUUGUGACAUUAUUGUAUGCACCAAAAGUAGCAAGUUCUCUACUCCUGGGGCAAACUUUGGAAUAUUCUGCUCGACACCUGGAAUUGCUGUGGGCAGAUCUGUACCAAAAUCCAGGGCGAUGCACAUGUUGUUAACAGGUAGUCCAAUAACUGCACAAGAGGCAUAUGAUAGUGGACUUGUAACUAAGGUUGUGAAGGAAAAUGAAUUGGACAAUGAAGUCAAUAAAAUAGUUGAACAGAUAAAAAUCAAGAGCCGCAGUGUUAUAUCUUUGGGCAAAGAAUUCUACUAUAAACAAAUGAAUCUUAGCGUGGAUGAGGCUUAUUCACUCGGAGAAGAAGUAAUGGUUAAAAAUAUCAAUAUAAAUGAUGGUCAAGAAGGCAUAAAAAGUUUUGUUGAGAAACGAAAAGCUGUAUGGAGUCACAGUUGAUAUUUAACUCAAUAAAAAACUUUUUUAUUUA